AUGCUGCCGAGGGAGGUGGAGACGCUGCAUCGGGUGCUGCACUCGCUGCAGGUGCUGCAAGCCUCCCUGGAGGCCACGGACGCCGACGACGCGGACGCGUCGCCGGCCGAAAGUGCGGCGAGCGAGUGCCAGAGGUACCUCCAGGGCCUGCAGCAGUUGGAGGCGGACCUGGCGCACUACAGGGGCCUGGACUCCACGCCGAAGGCGCCGAAGGAGCCGCCGGGGCCGCGGCGCUUCGCGCCGCCGCAGCCGGCCGCGCCGGUGCGGCAGCUGGAGCCGCUGGAGCUCAAGACGCGAGGUACCCCGGGCGUGCGGCCCGGCCUGGCGCUGGACCCCGGGCUCGAGAUGGCUCCUGCACAGGCAGAUGCCACGGGUCGGAUCCUGGAGCUGCUCAAGGGUGCAGGCGUGCCCGAGUCCAAGGCCCCCACCAGUUUGGAGUACCGGGGCCAAUGGCAGCCGAAGCCCAACGGUGCGGAGACGGGCCACGGGGUGGUGCCCAAGGAGUGGGCCCUCGAGCUGGCCUCGGAGAACGACCGGACCCUUGCCUCCUUCGGCUGGGCCGGCGGAGCGCAGCUCUGCCUCUCCAACGCCUUCCGCCAAGCGGAGGAGUUGGAGGCCCAGGCCCAGGACCUCAUUGACAGCGGCACUUGCACCAAAGACGACGCGCCGGUGCAAUGCAUCCGCGCCAUCGCGAAGGCCACUGAGGAGCGCGAGGCGCUGAUGCGGAGGCAAUGGUGCGACAUCGAUUUCCAGCAAGGGGAGGAGGCAAAUCAGGAGCUUCUGAAGCACCUGGAGCGAGACUUCGCCAGUCAGCUGGCCCGGACUGCGGCGCGGCAGGAGGAGGUGGAAGAGACCUGGUACAACAUCCGGCUGCGCGAGGCGGAGGCUGGCAAGGUGUACUUGGGAGCUUCCGUUGGUGGGGACAGUGUGGAGCUCACGGGCUACGACGACGAGUCCGGGCGGCAGCGCUGGCAGCUGCUGCCGGAGGGGCGGCAGGGCACAGGUUCCGCCAGCUGGCACCUGCUACGUUUGCCAGGGCCGCAGGGAAGGAGUGGCAGUCAGCCUUCGUGGCUUCUGCGUUCCCUGUGCUGCUUGGAGCUUUGGGCACUUGGUGGCCUUUGUGGGUCGGGGCCUUCGGGGCUUGGAGCUCUGCGAGCUGGACGACAGCUCCGGCAGGCAGCGCUGGCAGGUGGACUGUUCUUUGGAGUCCUGCGUCUUGCGGGCCGCCACGGGAUGCGGGGAUCCGGGGCUGGGCGCGGCGGCCGCGGUGGAGGCGAAGGCGGCGGGCUGUUGCCUGGGCGAAGCCGGAGGUGGCGUGGUGCUGCAGGCGCUAGAGAUGCGCUGGGACAUCCGAGGGCCUGCGGGCCGCUUCGGGGCCGGACAAAGUGCCGGUCAGAGCGAGGCAAGUGA